AUGGGAACUGUUUUCCGAAUAGAAUCGAUUGAAGAAUUAUAUAACCAAAUUUGGUAUAUCACAUUAACUGUUAGUGACGAAAUAGAUGCCGAUAUAAACUGGCUAGUUGAUCGCUGUCAGAAAGAACUCAGUGACACUCAGAUCACUCUACAAACGUUAGGAGUUUUCUUCGCCGAAUUAGGCAAAUUCGAUCAGGCCGAAUCCUACUAUAAACUGCUGAUUACCGAUGAAUCGUUGACACCGCCUGAAAUUACUCGUAUUCAUAAUUACCUGGGACUGGUUUACAGCAAGAAAGACAAUCCCGAGAAAGCACUAUAUCACUACAAGAUUGCUCUAGAGCGAAGUACACAGGCCGGACCGACGGGAACGAGAGAUACAAAUAUAUUGAAGAAGCUUCCACUUCUGCUAAAAGAACCAUCCGACGAAAAUUCGCCUCGUACGAACCUUGAUUGUUUCUACGCACGAUCUGACAAUUAUGACGAGGCGCUCAGCUAUUUUGAAGGAUCGCGUCAGUCUCACCCGAAAGACAGCGAAUUUCAUAACAACAUUGGUUCGGUAUAUUAUCAUAGAAAUGACUACGAUAAAGGAUUAAAACAUUUUCGGAAAGCUCUUGAAAUUGGAUUAAAUGAAUUUGACAACAGAGAUCCGGCGCUUCUUCGGUAUUCAAAUAAUAUUGCUCUUGCCCUUAGCCAUAUUAAUGCAAUGGCAUAG